AUGGUGACGGCAACAUCCAGCGCAAGCACUACCACUACAAGCCUUCUUAUCUUUCUCGGUGUGGCAGCAGUGACUAGUUUUCUGGCGAUUGCCAGCGAAGCCAAGAAACAAGAAAGCAAAACGUUGCAUCGGGGAGUGGGGCGAAAGCUAUCGGAAGUAGAAAAGUAUGUUUCUACCAGCAUUCACGUCAACAUGCCACCCGCUCGUCGCAUGGGAAUAACGGUGGACCAGGUCAUCUUGCGGUCAGACGAACAAGAAGGAUUCGUCUCCUUAUCCAUGCCCAUCCGAGGGAAUACCAAUGUCCAUGGGAGUGCAUUUGCGGGGAGUUUGUAUUCCGUUUGUGUCCUUUCAGCGUGGUAUACGCUGGUCAUACACUUGAGAGACACUUGGGAUGAAGAGCUCCUGAAUCAGUGUACUGUGGUCGUACAAUCUGCCGAAAUCAACUACAAACGACCAGUCUGGAAUACAGAUGACAAUGAAUUCAUUAUCGCCACUAGUUUCUUGCCUACCAAGGACGAUGCAUGGAAGGCAUUUGUGAAGAAUUUAGAAGAGACAAGAAAAACGACCUGUAAUAUUUCAGGGGAAAUCAAGAUUGUGGGAAGAAAACCGGCAACCACAGUCAAAGCAGUAGAAUUCAAGGCUUUGCUGUGUGUCAUGCUGCCCAAGCUUCCAGGGGAAUAAAGCAAUAUUAGAAAGCAACUCCACCUACUCCACAACCCCGCUACUCUGACGAUUUAGUCCGGAUCCAGAGUUUUCUAUACAGGCUGGUUUGCUUUGCAAGUGAAACAAAGAACUAUCCUGUAAAUAAAUUUUAAAUUUAUAUAAAUGAGCCAAAAUAAACUAAAUUACCAAACUUGAAGC